CUGUGCGUGGUGAAAUACGCGACAUGGACAUCAUCAUGAAGACGACCACCUCUCUGUACGAGCGGGACAACCACGUGUUCUACAACGUCACGGCCACCAAAGUGGACUACACCAUUUCCGGUCUGAAGCUGCACAUGGGUAACCUGUUCGAGGGUGUCAAAGUUCUCGAAGACAGCACCAACCAAUACCUGAACGACAACUGGCGACCGGUUUCGGAAGCGCUGAAGCCCAUCAUUGCCAAAACCAUCGAGGACAUCCUGCUGGCCAUCAUGCAGAACAUCUUCAUCCAACUUCCGGCCGAGUAUUUCGUGGCUGAUCUACCGCGAUCGGGUUGAACACGCCCGGCAGGCAAGGUAAGAUCCCCGUGAAUUCAUUUUAUAUCGAUUGCAACAUCAUUCCUAUAACCGUUUGUUGUGUAUGUAAAUAAAUUUCCAUCGUGUUUCGUAAAACUGAA